AAAGAUGAGCAGCAUCUAGGUCAGCAAUUGAAGCCCUGCAAAAGGACAGAAAUAAGAAGGGCAAAAGUUAAACUCAACUUUCUUCUUCCUCCUCCUCCACAUAAUAAGACCCGUAAUAAGUUACAGCUCUUUUAACUCAAUAGUCAAUACCCAAAUAACAAAGAAGAAGAAGAAGCAGAAGAAGAAGAAGAAGAAGAAGAAAACACAAAGAAGAGAAAUGGAGACAAGCGCCGUCUUAGGAAGUCUACAUACAAAUUACCUUAUUAGCCCUUCCCGUAAUGCUUCAUUUCUCCUCCCUCAUCGUCCGCUUCAUUUCUCUCCUUCUUCUGUUCCUCUCUCUUUCAAGGUACGGAAGCAGAAUCCUUCAUAUUCUUCUUCAAAUGCCUCCUUGCAAGCUGUCUCUCCUUUCAGUCGUGACGCUAUUGUUUCUGAUACUUAUGGCAGCCAAACUACUGAAUUAGCCGACAUAGACUGGGACAAUCUUGGUUUUGCAUAUGUUCCCACUGAUUAUAUGUACAUCAUGAAAUGUGUUCGAGAUGGAAGCUUUUCUAGUGGCGGAAUACAGCGUUUUGGGAAUAUUGAGUUGUCUCCCUCAGCAGGAGUCUUAAAUUAUGGCCAGGGAUUAUUUGAAGGCUUGAAAGCAUACAGGAAAGAAGAUGGUAAUAUUCUCCUCUUUCGUCCUGAAGAAAAUGCUUUGCGGAUGAAAAUAGGUGCAGAAAGGAUGUGCAUGCCAUCACCGACUGUUGAACAGUUUGUUGAAGCUGUGAAGGCAACUGUUUUAGCAAACAAACGUUGGGUCCCCCCUCCUGGUAAAGGCUCCUUGUAUAUCAGGCCAUUGUUGAUGGGAAGUGGUGCAGUCCUUGGUCUUGCACCUGCUCCUGAGUAUACCUUUCUAAUUUAUGUUUCACCUGUUGGAAACUAUUUUAAGGAAGGUGUGGCUGCAAUUAAUUUGAUUGUUGAGCAUGAAUUGCACCGAGCAACUCCUGGUGGUACUGGAAGUGUUAAGACUAUAGGGAAUUAUGCUGCAGUUCUCAAGGCACAAUCAGUUGCAAAAGCCAAAGGAUAUUCUGAUGUUCUAUAUCUCGAUUGUGUACACAAGAAAUAUCUGGAGGAGGUCUCAUCUUGCAAUAUUUUUAUUGUUAAGGACAAGGUUAUCUCCACUCCUGCAGUAAAAGGGACCAUCCUGCCUGGCAUUACAAGGAAGAGUAUAAUUGAUGUUGCUCGAAGCCAAGGAUUCCAGGUUGAAGAACGACCAGUGGCAGUGGAUGAAUUGCUUGAUGCUGAUGAAGUUUUCUGUACUGGGACAGCUGUGGUUGUGUCACCUGUGGGCAGCAUCACUUAUAUGGGUAGAAGGGUGUCUUAUGGAGAAAGCGGCUUUGGUGCUGUUUCACAACAGCUGUAUACUGUGCUUACCAGAUUACAGAUGGGCCUUACAGAAGACAGGAUGAACUGGACUAUUGAGCUGAACUAGGCGUACUGAGUAACCAAUUGUAGUUUUUUCUGUUUUGAUCCUGUAGUGGUAGCAGAAAUUCUACAUUGUGACAGUUGAAGCUUUCCUCUUGCUUUGCUUUCUUUUCUUUCCAAUAUGUAGAUAGUUUUUCUCUCAAAUAUUGAAUAUUGUUAGCCUUUUGUGAACUGCAUGCUCCAUACCAAUGCUAGGAGAAAAGUUUGUUUCAUAAAUUUCGUGCCACCCAGGCCUCCUUCCGUCAGGAGGAACAUUUGUGGACAUAUUAGAAUGUUACAUUUCAAAUUUCAGUAGUAACAGUAGUGCAGUGUUUUACAACAA